AUGGUUCUGCUGGUGGCAGCAGCACUGCUGGUUCUGGGCUUGGCUGUGAAGUCAGAAGCUCUCUGCUCACCCACAAGCUUCUACAAGGACUGCUGGAUCCGACGCUUCCCAGGCCUCCUGAUCGACCUGCAGGAAUCACAGAAGAGGGGAGCCCAGGUGCUGAAGGUUUAUGCAGAAGUCUCACCCCAGCAGUGCAGCAGAAGCUGCUGCCUCUUGAGCAACGCUUCCUGCAAUCUGGCAGUGUUCUACCAUGGAGCCAUUCAUGAGAACAUGAACUGCCUGCACGUGUCCUGCCCAGCACUGGAGAGCUGCAUCCUAAAGGCUAGGAUCAACGUGGUUCUCUACAACAUCACCACAGGGACUGAUCCAGAUCUUCUGCUCUUUGGAAAACUGGCACCCCCAGAGGCCAGUCCUCACCUCCCACCCAGUGAACAUGAAAGGCAAAACAGCACAAAAGCCACCAAGCAGGAGAGAUGCCAGCAUCUCAACACCACCUCCAGAUCUCUUCUGAUCCAAGCUCCAUCUGCUACCAGUAGCUACAGCUUGCCAGCCUCCAGCACCAGCCUGAGGGUCACAACCCCUGCAAUUCCUGCUCACUCCAGGGCAGAAGCUCUUCCUACAGAUGAUCCUUUAGCUAUGAGGACGAGCACAGCUUCAGGAAGCAGCAGGUCAGUCCUCAGCUCAGACAAAACUGUGCACUCAACGUUGACACCCAAGUCUGCCAAGGUGGUGUCCCCCAUGCCCACUCCUCCUGGCCUCAACAGCAGCAAGCAGCACUCCAACGAAACCAAAGGCUACAGCGGCAGGAAUUACACCUCGGAGAACCAGGCACCUCCCUGGGAGCCUGCAGCCCUGGGGGUCUGGCUGAUUCCUCUUGUGCUUUGCUCUUCUCUCAUCUUCCUCUGCUGCUGCUCUGCUGCUUUCACAGCAGGGCACUGCAGCAGCAGGAAAGGGCACUACACGCCCACAUGGAGAAAGAGAACCACCUCAAGGCAGGUCAUAAAAUACAGCACUGCCAAGGGCAGCUGCUGA